ACAGUAGUAGCAGAAGCUAGCUCUUCCUUCCUUCAUGGCCAAGAAGACGAUGGCGGCGGCGGCUCACGAGCUCUUCUCCACACUCUUCCAACCCCGCACCACCGCUCCUCGGCCGCCGCCCCGGCUCUCACCCACCGUACACAGGUGCGCCCCUCCGGCGGCGGGGGUCGCGGGCGCCGGGACAACGCUGGUCGUCGACGUCGACGGCGCCCUGCUCCUGUCGCGCUCCCUCUUCCCCUACUUCAUGCUCGUCGCCCUCGAGGCUGGCGGCUUCCUCCGCGGCCUCGUUCUGCUGCUCCUCUGCCCGGCCAUCUCCAGCCUCGCCGCCCUCGCCGGCCGCGACCUCGCCCUGAGGGCCAUGGCCGCGGUCGCCUUCUGCGGGCUGCGCGCGUCCUGGUUCCGCGCCGGCCGCGCCGUGCUGCCGCGGUGGCUCCUGGAGGACGUGGCGGCCGAGGCGCUCGAGGCGGCGCGGAGGGUGGGAGACCCGGCAAGGGUAGUGUGGGCGAGCGCGAUGCCGAGAGUGAUGGUGGAGCCGUUCUUGAGGGAGUACCUGCAGGUGCCGGCGGCCACCGCCGUCGCGGCGAGGGAGAUGAAGACGGUGUGGGGGUUCUACACCGGCCUCAUGGAGGAAGACGGCGAGACGAUGUCGGAGCUGAGGAAGAAGGCUGUUGAGGGCGACGACGACGUCGUGGGGUUCUCUGGAGGCUCCAUGGAGUUCCUUCGGUCUCCUCUCCCGUCCGUUUGCAAGGAGCUGCAUGUGGUGAGCCAGGAGGAGAAGAGCAAGUGGCGGCGCCUGGCGCGACGCGACUACCCCAAGCCGCUCGUCUUCCACGACGGCCGGCUCGCCUUCCGGCCGACGCCGCUCGCCGCCGUGGCCAUGUACACGUGGCUCCCCCUCGGCGCAGCUCUCGCCGUCGUCCGCCUCGCCGUCGCGCUCGUCCUGCCGUACCGGCACGCCACGGCGAUCCUCGCCGCCACCGGCCAGUCGUGGCGCCUGCGUGGCGCGCUGCCGCCGGACAGUCGUGGCGCUGGCGCCUCCGGCCAGCUCUACGCCUGCAACCACCGCACGCUCAUCGAUCCGGUGUACGUGUCCAUCGCACUGGACCGGCCCGUGCGCGCAGUGUCCUACGGCCUGAGCCGCGUCUCAGACUUCAUCUCCCCGAUCGGCCGCACCGUGCACCUCGCCCGGGACCGCGCCCGCGACGGCGCCGCCAUGGCGCUUCUCCUCAGCGGCGGCGACAGCGUGGUGGUAUGCCCCGAGGGUACCACCUGCCGCGAGCCGUACCUGCUCCGGUUCAGCCCGCUCUUCGCCGAACUCGGUGGCGAUGGCGGCGUCGUGCCCGUGGCGCUCGCCGCCGAGACGAGCAUGUUCUACGGCACGACGGCCGGCGGGUGGAAGGGCGUCGACCCGUUCUACUACCUGUCCAACCCCAGGAUGUGCUACACGGUACAGUUCCUUGACAGGGUGGACACGGCGCCGCUGAGGGAGGGGAAGGCGGCGAGCACCGACGUGGCCAACCGCGCGCAGCGGAUGAUCGCAGAGGCGCUGGGGUACGAGUGCUCCAUGCUCACCAGGAAGGAUAAGUACCUCAUGCUCGCCGGCAACGAUGGCGCCGUGCGCCACGGCGCCAAGUGAGCGCUUG